CUAAUUUUAGAAGAAAAAAAAAUCUUAUAUAUCAUUUACUUUUUAUAAUAAAUUCUAAUCACAACUAGAGAAUUGAAAGAUUUUUGGGAAGUUACUUUUUCAAGUUCUGAAGAAGUUUUUAUUUGUGUUAAAUGAAGAUUAAAAACACAAGGGUUGUGAAUUAUAUAUAUAUAUAUAUAGAAAUAUAUUCUUCUAAAUAUAUAUCAUAUGUUGGAAAGCACUAAUAAUUUUUUAUAUAAAGAACUUCUUUGGGCAUGAACUUUUAUUGGCAAUUCUGGAAACAAAUUAACAAUGAGAAGUAAAGCAUUGCUAGCUACUAAUGGCUCUGCUUUUAAUUUUCGGAUCAACUCAGCAACAAAGUAGAAUUUGGUUACGUAAGUAAUCUCUGCCUCUAAUUAAUAUAAUAAUACGCUCGUCUCUAAUUAAAAUAUGAUUUUCAUUUUCAAUUUGUUUAACCUUUAAGUUCGAAGUACAACGCACCAAAUAUUUAUUUUUAAAUAUAUAUAAAACAUUUCACGAGUCCCAAUCCUAGAUAGGUGUCUCUGUUGCUCUUUAUAAAUAACAUCGACCCAUCGAGACAAAACAACAUGUCAUCUUCAACUUCUUCCUCUGCUUCUGAGCUAGUAAAGAGAAUCAAAACACUUGAGAGGUGAUGGAGAAAGUGAGAGAAAUAGUGAGAGAAGGGAGGAGAGUAGGAAAAGAAGACCCAAGAAGAGUAGUUCAUGCUUUCAAAGUGGGACUUGCUCUUGCUUUGGUCUCUUCCUUCUACUAUUACCAACCUCUUUAUGAUAAUUUUGGUGUCAAUGCAAUGUGGGCUGUCAUGACCGUUGUUGUCGUCUUUGAAUUCUCAGUAGGUGCCACACUUGGGAAAGGAAUAAACAGGGCAGUGGCAACAUUAGUAGCCGGAGGACUAGGAAUUGGAGCUCAUCACCUAGCAAGUUUGUCCGGUCCAACAAUAGAACCUAUUCUUCUCGCCAUCUUCGUCUUUGUGCAAGCUGCGUUGUCGACGUUCGUGAGGUUCUUCCCGCGGGUGAAGGCCAGAUACGAUUAUGGCAUACUGAUAUUCAUAUUGACGUUCUCACUGAUAUCAGUGUCGGGGUUUAGAGAGGAUGAGAUAUUGGACUUGGCCCAUAAGAGACUAUCGACAGUGAUAAUGGGAGGAGUCAGUUGCGUCCUAAUCUCUAUCUUUGUCUGUCCUGUAUGGGCUGGACAAGACCUUCAUUCUCUUAUUGCCUCCAAUCUUGACACACUCUCCCACUUUCUUCAAGAAUUUGUAGAGGAAUAUUUUGAAGCGACAGAUGAUGGUGACAUCAAAGAGGUGGAGAAGAGAAGAAAGAAUCUUGAAAGAUAUAAAAGUGUUCUCAACUCAAAAAGCAAUGAGGAAACUUUGGCUAAUUUCGCAAGAUGGGAGCCGCGUCACGGCCAGUUUAGAUUUAGACAUCCAUGGCAACAAUAUCUUGCCGUGGCUGCAUUACUCAGGCAGUGUGCUUACCGGAUUGAUGCCUUGAACUCAUAUCUCAAAUCUGAUUUUCAGAUCCCAAAGGACAUAAAGAAGAAGCUAGAAGAAUCAUUAAGAAGAAUGAGCUCGGAGUCAGGCAAAUCAUUGAAAGAGAUGUCCAUUUCACUAAAGAAAAUGACAAAAUCAUCUUCUGCCGAUAUCCAUGUCCUAAACUCACAAUCUGCCUGCAAAACUCUUUCUACUUUACUCAAAUCAGGCAUCUUGAACGAUGUUGAGCCACUACAAUUGAUCUCAUUGACCACCACGGUCUCUCUUCUCAUCGAUAUUGUUAAUUUAACCGAAAAGAUAUCAGAAUCAGUACAUGAGCUCGCAUCCGCUGCAAGGUUUAAGAAUAAGAUGAAGCCGACCGCAUCAUUGAAGAAGUCGGAUUCUGUAAGCAUUGGACGUGCUGCAGUGCCAAUCAAGUCUCACGAUAGUGACGAUCAUGUUGUCACAAUCUUAUGUGAUGCUGAUGUAUCAAACACUGUUGACCAGUCGCGUGGAGAGACUUCAGUGGACUCUUGCCACCAUGUCGCCAUAAAAAUUGAUGAUGAUGAUUUAGUCCAUGAAAAACAUGAAGUUGGUGAAAUACAUGCACAUACGAGUUGUGUAUCAUGUGAUCCAAGUGAUGCUAGUGAUGUUUUACAUAGUAGUAAUAAGAGAAUUAGCAGUAGUAAUUAACUAUUUAUUAUAGGAUUUAGGGGUGGCUGGGAUGGGACUAAUGGUGAAUAUUAAAUAAAGUUCUAUUGAACAAAGAUUCAUUUUAGCCUAACUCUACAAUGUAUUUUUCUCUGUUUAUCGGUUUUAUUUUCAAUAGAAUUAAAAUGUGUCACGUCAUAUCUUGAUACAUCUCGAUGUUAAA